AUGGAGUCAAAUAAGCAGCGAAAAACUCAAAAGAGAGAAUAUUCGGAACAGCGUCAAGAAUAUUAUAAGAAUUUGAGAAAACAGCAAAAAAAGAAGAGAAAGGAGAGAGCUAAUUUAUCAGAAGGAGAGUUAAAGCGAGGCCAAGCAACCACAAGAUCCAGACGUCGCUUAGUCAUAGAUCUACCAAAAGAACCAUCAAAGAAGAGAAGACUGGGUGAUUCUGAGCAAAACUUGCCCAGGGGGAAAAGGAUGGUCUCGGCAUCUCUUCAAAAGAAUCAGGGAAAAAAAGAGAAAGAAGUCAUUCAACGUCCAGCAGCACCAAAGGCCACUGAAGGCAGGACUUUCAAAGAGCUUGCACCGGAAAAUUUGGUUCGAGACCAAGGUGCUCGGUCGAUCGGUAGCGGCACUUUCGGAGAUUGUUACCCAGGAAAAUACCGCGGCACUUUCGGAGAUUGUUACCCAGGAAAAUACCGCGGCAUUUCUGUGGUGAUUGAAGAAUACAAAGAGAAAAGAGAUUUUAGCUUUUCCUUUUUACAAAGAGAAGCAAGACACGAAGCGCAAGUUUCGCAACAAUUAGGGGAUCAUCCCGGCAUCCCACUUUUGUUUGGCGUCGUCUUGAAGAAAAAGCCCGUCAGUCUCGUGCUAAAAUACCAUGGAGAUGGUGGCGAAAGCCUCACAGUUUACAAAGCGGCGAAAAACAGUAGCGUUUCCGAGCAGAAGGAUUGGAACAGGAUUCUUCAUGACACAGCAGUCGCGUCAGACCACAUUCAUAAGUGUGGAUUUACGCACAAUGACCUCAAAUGCAAUAACGUUGUUUUAGAGAAACGUGAAGACCAGCUUCUUCAUUUCGUUAUAGUCGAUUUUGGCAAAAGUGAUGCCUUCACGAAAGCUAAAAUUGCAGUCCCAAAACCGUCGCAUUUAAAAGGCCAUUAUAAGAAUAGUUACAUUGCGCCGGAGCUUGUAGACGGAACGGGAAAACCAUCAAUUGAAAGCGAGGUUUAUUCUCUGACUUACCUAAUUAACAAAGUUUAUGGACUUUUAAAGUUCAAGACCAUGCCCUGCAUUAAGAAGGGUUUGUCGGAGGUAGCCACAAAUAGGCCAUCGAUCAUAGAAAUAACAUCAGCUCUAGGUGCCGCUUUUUAG